GCUCACACCAAUCUUUCCGUCCACCCGUUCACACCCUAACCAAACCUCCUCCCCCCAGUCACAGGAGAUCCCAAGCGACAACUUAACUCCUCAUCAGCCACCUCCGAUCUGAGAACUAAACGUGAGUGCGGCCGUUGCUUACAGCGUCGACGAUAAUAUCAAAGGCUCCAGCUGACCCGUCACAAUACCCAAUCUCAUCUCAGCCAUCCAUUACUUCUCGUCUUAUUAUUACACCAGCGCCACACCGUAUCAAUUUCUCUCUCUCUCUCUCUAUCUCUCUCUCUCUCUGUGCCGGCGAGGACGAAUGCGAAGUGGGGGAAGACCUCGCGACGGCUGAGUUUCUGACUUGUAACUCGUUCGGACUCGGACGCAUCGGCGCGGGCCUUGGCGCGCGAGGUUUGUUGCGACGGCAAAGGUGGCAAAAACCACGGCGGCCAUGAGAGGGAACGUGUGGAACCGUCGGACGGUACAGAGGCUGCGGCAGUUGCUGAUCUCGACCGUUGGAUCGAUGAAGGUGAAGCUUCUGCUGUGCUGUUGCAUCGGAUUCACGCUCAUCGUGCUCGCCAGUCGAGCUUCGGAUUUCAUGGGAUGGACGAGUCACACUGCGGCUCUGGAACGGUUCUCGGAUUCCCGGAAAGGAUACUCUAUUGUAAUGAACACAUGGAAGAGAUAUGAUCUUCUGAAGCAGUCUAUUUCUCACUAUUCUAGAUGUCCUCGGCUUGAUUCAAUACAUAUUGUGUGGAGUGAGCCAAGUCCUCCGUCAGAUUCUCUCAGAAAAUUUCUGGACCACAUUGUACAUCUGAACACUAGAGAUGGGCGACAAGUUGAAUUGAAAUACGAUAUCAAUAAGGAAGACAGUUUGAACAACAGAUUUAAAGAAAUUAAGGAUUUGAGAACAGAUGCCCUUUUUUCAAUCGAUGAUGAUGUUAUAUUCCCUUGUUCUUCAGUGGAAUUUGCUUUCGAUGUUUGGCAAAGUGCAUCGGAUACAAUGGUUGGCUUUGUGCCUCGUAUGCACUGGAUUGAUCCGAAAGGUGAUAAGAAUCACUACAUAUACGGUGGAUGGUGGUCGGUUUGGUGGACAGGUACAUACAGUAUGGUACUGUCUAAGGCAGCCUUCUUCCACAAAAAGUACCUAAGUUUGUACACAAAUGAAAUGCCAGCAUCAAUCAAAGAGUUUAUAACCAAAAACAGGAACUGUGAAGACAUUGCAAUGUCCUUUCUUGUAGCAAAUGCAACUGGUGCUCCCCCUAUAUGGGUGAAAGGUAAAAUAUUCGAGAUUGGUUCAACUGGCAUCAGUACCUUAGGAGGUCAUACUGAAAAAAGAACCAACUGCGUCGAUAGGUUUGUUGCCGGGUUUGGACGGAUGCCAUUGGUACCCACUUCCGUGAAGGCCGUUGACAGCCGCAACAUCUGGUUUUGGUGAUUCCACAGCACGCUUACAUAUUCCUCGAUCAAAUCCUCGAACAACAAGAAUUUCCACACUUUCAACCGGUUCUUCUUUGUCCCUCAGAUGUAUAAUAUUGAAUUCUACGAAAUGUAUGCGUUUUUGUAACAGCAGCCAGUUUAGUGCGCUCAUGUAGAUUGAUAAUUCUUGUAUUCUUACCGUGUAACACAAGGCAGGCAGUCGCUAUAUGGGUAAUGAGAUAGGUCUUUCCGUGGAAA